UGCAUCAAUCCCAGUUAUUUUUUCAUAUAGUAUAUUUCAGCUAUUUUAAAGGGUUAUUUUGAGCUUCAUCUAGCUACUGGUAUUUAGUGUGUGCAGAGAACUAGCCAUACUGCUAAUGCUAGGCUACUCAAUAAUUUCCUGUUUGGAGUACUGGUUGUGCAUGUGAUUGGCUACUCUGGGAUGCUCGUGCAGUCCUGAUUGGCUGGGUGCUUGUGGCAUGGAGCUUAAGUUAGACCUGUAGAAGAGCCAUUGUGCUCUGUAGCUAGGGUUGCAAAAUUCCGUUAACUUUCCUAAAAUUGGUAGGAGUAUUCCGGAUUUCCUUCUUAUUCCCUCCCGACUUAUUCCCUCCAGACUUAUUCCCUCCCGACUUAUUCCCUCCAGACUUAUUCCCUCCCGACUUAUUCCCUCCCGACUUAUUCCCUCCAGAAAAUCGUGGAAUUUUGCCAAAGUUACUGUAAUUUUGAAACCCUAUCCAUAGCUAGAGCAGGAAUGAUGGGGUGAGGGUCUGCCUCAUUAGUCAUCCAUUCAAAACAACCAAACUGCACAGAACCAUCCUCUCUCUCUGUCUUUCUCUCUAUCUCUGUCAUUGAUUCUGUCCACGAUGCACUGUUGACAAUGACAGUCCGUCCUAGUCACAUGGCCCGUAUUGGCUGGCCUAGGGAAGCAUGGGCACACUGAUGCAGACUGCUAGAGGUCCAACCACAUGCAGUCUUGACUGGAUCUAAAGAGAGAUACCAGAGCUAAAGUGAUCCAGUACCACUAUAUAGAACCCAGUCCAGAGGAACCGAACCAAAAGGUUUGGGUUUUGGCGGAGUAAGCCGAUGUCAAGUCUUACUAGGUGGUUUUUCUUUUUCUUUUCUCCAAUGGACCUUUGUCCCCCUAAUAACUAAGGUGUUCUCUUUCUGUCAGUCUUCUGUCUUAUUAUGACAUGUUGUUUUAUGAGUUUUUUGUUGUUGUCUGUGUUUUUUUUUUUUUGCGACAGAUGAUUUAUUGAGUGUUGGCUUUGGUGUUCUUUGACGUGURAGUUCCAGCUCACAUUAACCUCCCCGUCUGUCCAUAGCCUGACACUCUUUGCAUGUGUUUGCAGUUGAAGARGAGCACCCGUCAACUCUGUCGCCCKAAAAAAAGCAGCGGAACGGAGGCAUGCGAAACUCACCCAACAACUCGCCCAAAAUGAUGAGCAGGCAUGAUCCUCUACUAAUCCCUGGGAACGAGCAGAUGGAGAACAUGGACAUGAACUUGAAGCAGUAUGACUCCACAGGAAUGUUCCACUGGUGUCCGUCUAAAGAGAUCGAGAAGGUCAUCCUGACCCGGAGUGAGGCAUCCAUGACGGUGUUGAGCGGCCAUGUAGUGGUCUGUAUAUUUGGAGAUGUCACGUCCGCUCUAGUGGGGCUGCGAAACUUGGUGAUGCCUUUGAGAGCCAGCAACUUCCAUUAUCACGAGCUGAAACCCAUAGUGUUUGUGGGCUCGCUGGAGUACCUGAGGAGAGAGUGGGAAACCCUACACAACUUCCCCAAGGUCUCCAUACUACCUGGUACGCCAUUAAGCCGUGCAGAUUUAAGGGCUGUCAACAUCAACCUCUGCGACAUGUGCGUGAUACUGUCGGCCAAUCAGAACAAUAUCGACGACGCCUCGCUGCAGGAUAAGGAAUGUAUUCUGGCAUCGCUCAACAUAAAGUCUAUGCAGUUUGACGACAGCAUCGGGCUCUUGCAGGCAAACUCCCAAGGUUUCACGCCUCCUGGAAUGGACCGGUCCUCUCCAGACAGCAGUCCAGUACAUGGUUUAGCACGCCAGGCCUCCGUCACCACUGGCGCCAACAUCCCCAUCAUCACUGAACUAGCUAAACCUGGCAAAAUACUGCCUUUGGUUUCAUUCAGUCAGGAAAAAAAACUUGGAAUCAACAUACAAAUGAUAACUGAGCUGGUGAARGACUCCAACGUUCAGUUCUUGGACCAAGAUGAUGACGAUGACCCGGACACAGAGCUGUACCUGACACAGCCCUUCGCCUGCGGAACCGCCUUCGCGGUCAGCGUGCUGGACUCUCUCAUGAGUGCAACAUACUUCAACGAUAAUAUCCUCACCCUGAUCCGGACGCUGGUGACUGGGGGAGCCACGCCAGAGCUAGAGGCUCUACUGGCUGAGGAGAACGCCCUGCAAGGGGGCUACAGCACGCCACAGACACUGGCUAACCGAGACAGGUGUCGUGUUGCCCAACUGGCCCUGUACGAUGGGCCCUUUGCCGACUUGGGGGAUGGUGGUUGCUAUGGAGAUUUGUUCUGUAAAGCAUUGAAGACAUACAACAUGUUGUGCUUCGGAAUCUACAGAUUGAGAGACGCUCACCUUGCCACACCUAGCCAGUGUACCAAACGGUAUGUGAUCACCAACCCUCCGUAUGAGUUUGAGUUGGUCCCCACAGACCUGAUCUUCUGUCUGAUGCAGUUUGACCACAACGCGGGCCAGUCUCGGACCAGCCUUUCCCACAGCUCCCACUCCUCCCAUUCCUCCAGCAAAAAGAGCUCGUCCGUCCACUCCAUCCCCACCACCAACCGGCAGAACCGCAGCAGCAAGGCUCGGGAGGCUGGCCACAAACAGAAAAAGGAAAUGGUUUACAGAUGAACCAGAAAAUGCCUACCCACGGAACAUUCAGAUCAAGCCCAGGAGCACUCACAUGGCCAACCAAGUCAACCAAUACAAAUCCACUAGCAGUCUGAUACCACCAAUCAGAGAAGUUGAAGAUGAAUGUUGAAAACCAGGCCCCCUUGAUGACUCUUGAGAAUUCUGGACGCUCUUACGAAAGGAGAUAAGAGAUGGCGAACAGGGAUGAUAAUGAUGAUUAWUUGGUCCCCACUCAUUCUUCAGAUCAAGGGUUUGACAUAAAUACCACAACUGMAAGGGGCCUCCUAUGUGUAUACCUGUAAUGUUACUUCCAUGCUCUUCAUGUUUCAUUUAUAAAUCUUCCAUAGAGAUGUACAUAAUGACAAUCUAAUGAGGAUUGUACACUCCCUCCCCACUUUUUGAAAUUAUUUGAAGUUGAAGAGAGAAGAUUAAGUACUUCCUGUAAUUAUUUGCAAUAGUUCAUCACCUCUUCGUGUGACCAGACUCCAUGGCUACUGUAUUUUGAGGUUACUACUUGUUGUUGGAGGAUGAGCGUCAAGGCAGRUCGCUCAUCGUUCACCACAUCUCCCAAAGACGCCAUUGGGGCUGGCCACUCAUACACCGUGUCUGUUUCCGUUCUAUUUGCACUAAAACUGAUCACGUUAUUUUGCAACACGUCUACGGGAAACAUUGACAUCUCCCCAAAACAACACCCAUCACAGAAAUGUCAACCUUUUGGUUGUCGAUUCACUGAACGAGAGAACGGCUGCUUGUCAUUUGAAGAGGUGUACAGCUGUACUGUGUACAGAUCCAUUACAUCACUGCUUAGGGUAUGCUACUGUAUGUCGACAUGCUGUUGAGUAAUCAUCUGAAUGAAUGCAUUCAAGUCCUGUAGAAUGAGAUCAUAUUGUAAAUCAGUUGUCUUGAGACUCAGAYUACUGUAAUAGAUAGUUCUGGGAUAAGCUGGUUGACCGUAUAUAGCUACACUGUACCUACAUCUGUUCUGGUGAUAUCACAAUGGCUAUGGAUCAUAAUGAUGUCUUUGACCGUGUUUGAAGCUCCUAUCAUCGCAUGGUGCCUGAGCCCUUUUAUAACAAUACAGAGCAGAUGAUCAACUUAACCUGAAAACAUGAAAGGGACGAAGGACAAUCUUGUCCUAUCCCUUAUGUGUAAACAUGAAAGGGGUGAAUGGACAACUUUGUCUCGUCCCUUGUGAACACGUUAAUUGAGUGAAAGGACAGCCUUGUACACAUCUUGCAUAUGGCACGUGUGUACUGUACGUGGCAGCAAUGUGUCCCCUCAAUAAAAACAUUGGUGGUACAUCUGAGUUAAAUGCACUAAUUAGUGUUGUCAUCUCUCCAUCCGUGUGUAUGUGAUGGUGGUUCAGCCUCUGAGSGAGCAGCAUGUGGGAUCAAUGCUUCAAACAUGAAAGACGUAUCGGAACUAGCUCUGUCUGGGGGUUGCCGAUCAACUAAUGAACUAAGCAAACACGUUUCUAUGCUCACCAUCAUGCCCAGUCACAUCACCGGUAAUACAACAUCUAUGAUUGAGCUGUAUAAAUGUGAACAAACAUUAGCUGUGUGCCCUAAAAAUGUAAGGGAAGCAAUUAAGCCCAAACCUAUUUAAGAACAGAAGAAUAAGCAUAUCAUUUCAAUAUUUUUUUGUCUGUUGAGAAAUUUGGAGAAACAAUGCCACAUAUUGCGUAAAAUGGGCAUCAGUGGGUCCUCCUUUGACCAGAGCCACCACUGCCUGGCACAGGGUUGGUAACAGAGGCAGCAAAGAGCUUGGAUGUUCUCCGCUGCCAAUCCUGAUGUCAUCAUGACACCUCUAAACACUAUGUUGGUAAACAUUAAGGGAAAAGCUCAUUCAUAGUUUUGCCACUGAUGACYAUUCUCCGCUGGAGAAUACUGCCUGUGUUCUUCAUGUCAUUCUGGUCCAGGCGCAAGACAGUGCGUGUUAAAAAUGGAACAUUUCUAUUUUGUUUUUGAUCCAGAGCAACCCAGACAGAGCUGCAGCCUUGGGGAGGAGAGGGUAUGGUGUCACAGAUGAACCAACUAAAAACUUAACCUAGAUACUUUAAACAUACAAAUAUGAUUAUUUUAUAUUCAUAUGAGCGUACUUAUUUUUACACAUGACGUAGUGAGAAACARUUUGUGAAAGCAAUCCAUUAUUAUUAUUAGGCCUAUAAUUACAUCAGAUUAUUUUAUUUCUAAAUUAAUCACUGUAUUUAACAUAAUCAUACCAAAAUGAUUCAUAUCAAUUCUGAAAUGCUUAUAAUUYGAAAUGCAUCAUUGAGGAAGAGUAGAAGUCCCCUCUCUUAUCCUUGAUAAAGUAUAGUGAUUAAGGGCGCUAUUCAAUCCAUAUCGCAGAAGUUCAACAUUACAGUUGGAUUGAAAUUUAAAGGCAAUGUUUCCGCUUUAGCAGAGACUGCAUUCACGAUAAACGCUGCAUAUGUCCAGUG